CAGCACUGGCUGGGACUCCAGAGCUUAGCUUCAAUUUUCAACGUAGUGAGAGUUGUAAGUGCGGAAGAAAAUCAGUACUCUCGGAUAUCAGCAAAAUGAGCACUAGCUCAAACGACGUACAACAAUAAUAUUCGAGAUUUGUUUGUUUUUUUGUGCGGCAUCGAUACAAACGCGUGCCACGGCCAACCGAUUUGGCUUACAAGGAUAAUUUCCCCGUGCAACUUUCACGGGGUUAGGGCAAGGAGAGCAGGGGGCCGGAGUGCUGGACGCGCAGACAGCGCGGAAUCGAUAUCGAUGGUACGCACUAAAAACCAGUCGUCCUCCUCCAGCGCCAGCAGCAGCAGCACCAAGUCACCAAUAAAGUCCAGCAGCGGGGCAGGAUCAUCCGGCGGAGGACUCGGUGGUCGCCAGUCCACUCACCGCUCGUCGAGCGCCUCAAACGUUGCUGCCGUUGUUGCCGGCGGUUCAUCUGCCGCCGGUGGAGGCUCCUCAUCGAAUCGCCGUAGUCCGGGCAGCUCACCCGACGGCGACGACGACACCACCACCACAGAUGACCUGACCCCCACAACGUGCUCCCCACGCAGCGGCCACCACCAUUCGUACGGCGGCUACUCGUCCUCUGUGCACAAACAGAACCUCUACGUCGUCUCGUUCCCCAUAAUCUUUCUUUUCAACGUUCUGCGCUCGCUGAUUUAUCAGCUGUUUUGUAUUUUUCGCUACCUAUACGGUGCGAGCACAAAGGUGAUAUACCGCCCGCACCGACGCGACUGUAAUAUUGAAAUCGUGGUGCAGAAUUCCUCCAAGGAGCAACAGCAGUCGUUGAACCAUCCUUCGGAGCUGAACCGUGAAGGUGACGGACAGGAACAGCAGUUAUCCAAUCAGCCACAGCGUUUCAGGCCCAUUCAACCGUUGGAGAUGGCCGCCAAUCGUCCGGGAGGAGGGUAUUCACCUGGUCCCGGCGAUCCAUUGCUGGCCAAGCAGAAGCAUCACCAUCGACGCGCCUUCGAGUACAUCUCCAAGGCGCUCAAAAUUGAUGAGGAGAACGAAGGUCACAAAGAGCUGGCAAUUGAGCUCUACCGAAAAGGUAUCAAGGAGCUAGAGGAUGGCAUAGCUGUCGAUUGCUGGAGUGGACGUGGUGAUGUGUGGGAUCGGGCUCAGCGCCUGCACGACAAGAUGCAGACAAACCUUUCGAUGGCGCGGGAUCGUCUCCAUUUUCUAGCAUCUGGCCGCAAACUGACAAUUGGAUCCAAACGACCCGUCAACUUGGCCGUGGCCAACAAAUCACAAACGCUGCCCCGCAACCUUGGCUCCAAAACAUCUGUAGGCGCAGUCCAAAGGCAACCAGCCAAGACAGCUGCAACGCCUCCCGCCGUUCGGCGACAAUUUUCUUCGGGGCGUAAUACGCCGCCCCAGCGUUCGCGGACUCCCAUAAACAACAACGGACCCAGUGGCAGUGGCGCCAGCACUCCGGUGGUUAGUGUGAAGGGAGUGGAACAGAAGCUGGUGCAACUUAUACUCGACGAGAUCGUCGAGGGUGGGGCCAAAGUGGAGUGGACUGACAUUGCCGGUCAGGAUGUGGCCAAGCAGGCUCUACAGGAAAUGGUCAUUCUACCCUCCGUCCGACCGGAACUCUUUACGGGGCUUCGUGCACCGGCUAAGGGUUUAUUGCUGUUUGGUCCUCCCGGAAAUGGCAAGACACUGCUGGCCCGCGCCGUGGCUACUGAGUGUAGUGCCACCUUCCUGAACAUUUCGGCUGCCUCGCUGACCAGCAAGUACGUGGGGGAUGGCGAGAAACUGGUGAGGGCUCUCUUCGCCGUGGCCCGUCACAUGCAGCCCUCCAUUAUUUUCAUCGACGAGGUGGACUCGUUGCUUUCAGAGCGAAGCAGCAGCGAGCAUGAAGCAUCGCGUCGCCUAAAGACCGAGUUUCUAGUGGAGUUCGAUGGGCUGCCUGGAAAUCCAGACGGAGACAGGAUCGUGGUGCUGGCCGCCACCAAUCGACCGCAGGAAUUGGACGAGGCAGCCCUGCGUCGGUUCACAAAGCGCGUUUACGUCUCACUGCCCGACGAGCAAACCCGCGAGCUGCUCCUCAAUCGACUGCUCCAGAAGCAAGGCAGUCCGUUGGAUACCGAGGCGUUGCGUCGCCUUGCAAAGAUAACAGACGGAUACUCGGGCUCCGACUUAACGGCACUGGCCAAGGACGCCGCAUUGGAGCCCAUUCGAGAGUUGAAUGUGGAGCAAGUGAAGUGUCUGGACAUCAGUGCAAUGCGUGCAAUCACAGAGCAGGACUUUCACAGUUCGCUCAAGCGCAUCAGGCGCUCGGUGGCGCCGCAAAGCCUCAACUCAUAUGAGAAGUGGUCGCAAGAUUAUGGCGACAUCACCAUCUAGUCUGUUCUAGCCAAUGAUCCUGCCCUCCUUCAUCAAUCCAAUUUGGAGAAGCUGUGAUGUGAGUCUCAGAGCGCAACCCAUUGUCGUUACACUAGUUUUGAUUAUGUGACCCAUGUUUUUCGCCCUUAAGGUUCUAUUCAAUCCGUAGACUUUUCGUUUCACAAACAUUGUUACAUUUGUAUUUACCUGUGAGUUAUUUAAUAUGAUUUGUUUCCCAGCUAUUUCUGGUGUUUUAGCCUAAGAACAUUGUAUUGUAUUUUUUCGUUGUUUAACCACCAUGUCCAUGUGGUGCAACAUUUGCCAUGCAGCUCCAUUAUCGUUAUACUCAUACUCAUGGUAUAUAUUUCUAAGAUCUGUACUUUUCAUUGGAGUUCUUAGAAUAGUAGGUUUGCCCUAUCUUCGUUUAUGAUAGUAAUUCAAGGCCACAUUGCUUUAUAAAUUAGUUUUUUGAAACAUUCCGUAGUGAUUUUUUGUAAGACAGGCGGCCCAAGGAGUUCACAACUACUUCCAUUGUAUCCUUGAACUAUAAAGCAUAUUUUUGUUGUACAUUGAGUGCCCAUCCACAAGCUACAUGUAAUCUAGAAGUAAGCGUAGACCUAAGACCGAUGAUAUACUUAUACACACCCACAAAGAUACAUUUACCAGCGCAGAAUCGUAUUUAAGUUUUAAUAGUUAUCACUGUCCGUAUGGUUAGUCUAGUUUAGUUCCUUUGUUUCAAUCUAUGUACCUACAGCCAUAAAUACAAUCGUCUCCGAUUCACCUAUAUUAUUAGUAACACACCCAAAAAUGUUGUACCUAGCAGGUGCGUAUGGAUCUGGUGUUAUCAGAUCGAUCAGAUACAUCUUCACCCGCGCACAUGCCCGUCGCUUAUCGCGACACAUUGAACCAGCUUCAACGCAGCUCGCCCACCCGGAAUUUGAGUUCUUUGACUAGUUACUAAACACAGAUACAAAAAAAAACUACAUGCAUAUAAAACUAUAUAUAUAAAGAAAUCUAUAGAAUACGCUAAAUAAAAUCGAUUUCAAGAAACAUCAAUUGCAUUCUUAAUCAUCAACAAAAUUCUAAGCUAUUGGAAACCAUUGGUAGUGUAUUGAGAAUUGAGCAACGGCUGACAUCACCAGGUGCAUUUAAAUUAAGAGAAAGUAAGCAGAAGAAUUAAGCAUUCAUGAAAACUAGUUUCGCAGAAAAACUGCGUCUCACUAGAGAAUAUUAAAGCUAUAAAAUUCAUUCAUGUAUGUAUGUUAUACCUUAAGAAAACUUUUUAGCACAAUUGUAAAAGUUAAUUACUUUUUAACUAUAUUUUAGACUCCGCUGAAUCCUCCACCAGAUUUGUAGUAGUAGUAACCACUUCUAUCAUC